GCCUUGGCUGCUCCAGGAGUGCGAGGCGCUGUGCGCGAUCGGCAGCUGGGCGGUGGCCUGCGCCUCGGAACUCGCCGGGGGCUGCCUGUGCGAGGCUCGGGCGCCGCAGGAGGGCGCGCUGGGCGGGGCUGGGCCCUGCGAGGACGAGGGCUGGCCGCCGGCGGCCUCCGUGGCGCUGCUCGUGGCCGCCGCGGGGCUGCUGUGGCUGCGCCACGCCAGGCCCUCCUCGCCCAGGUGGCCCGCGGCGGCCCGCCGCGCCCCGCACCUGGUGCUGCUGAGCGGCUGCUGCCUGCGGCUGGCGGUGCACACCGCGCUCGCGCCUGGGGGGCAUGCCGAGCCCGGCGAGGCCGUGGUGCUCGUGGCCACGCUGUGGGCGCUGGCCGGCAGCCUGCUCGCCGCCGAGAAGCACGCCCUCCUCGCGCUGCGAGGGGCCCUGCCUCCCGCCGCGGCGGCGGCCGCGAAGGGCCCCCGGCUGCCGACGAUCAUGGCCGCGGGCCGCCCAGCGCGCGAGGGGCCCAAGAGCCCCCGCGGGGAGCGCGGCGCCCGCGCUGCGCCGAGCCCCGAACGGGGCGCGCCGGCGCUGCCGGCCGGGCCCGCCCCUGCGGCGCCGGAGGAGCGCCGGCAGCGCACGGCGGUGCCGCCGAGGCGGCCGUGCCCGGUGCCCUCGCCGGCUGCCGCGCGCUCGCCCGCGCGGGGCGCGUCGCCCUGCCCGCCCAGGAGCCCCGACGGCAGGCGCCCCGGGCAGGAGAAGCAGCUCUUCAGCGACCCGUGGCAGCUGCAGGAGCUUCCCGUGCGCCUGCUGCACAGGAGCUCCACGCCGGGCGCCGGCAGCGCGCGGGGCAGCCAGCGGGGCCCCCCGGGUGGCCGGGACGCGGGGCGGCCCCCCGCCGACCCGGCGCCCCUCGGCACGGAAGGCGCGAGAGGUCCUGCAGAGGCCCAGGUCCAGGACCACGUGGCCGCCGCCCCGUGCAGCCCCACGCGCGGGCAGGACAGCGCGGUGAACCGCAUCUCUCUGGUGAUACCCUCCCUCGGCGGCCAGUCUGGCAGCCUGGGCGCCGCGAGGGCGGCGUCGGCCGCGCCGGGCGUGCCGCGGCGCCCGGAGCCUCCGCCCCUGGUGGCCGCGCCGCUGCUCCCCGUGGCGGAGGCGCUGCCGGCGCCGCAGCAGCCCGCGGGCAGCUUCGGCGACCCCAGUGUGCUGGCGCCCUCGCCGAUGCUCGUGGGCUGGGCGCCGGCGGUGGCGGGGCCGCGGCCCGAGGACGAUCCAGCCGAGGACGCGGCGGCGGCGGGGACCUCGAAGGACGACUGCCCGAUCGAGCCUGGAGCCCUCAGGGAGGCGUUCCUGGCGAGCUUGCGGCGGCGGCGUGUCAUGCUGGGGGACCCCGUCGGCGGUGCUCGCCUGGAGGAGCUGUGGGAGGCGCUGGGGGGCGAGCAGGAGCGCGUCGCCGCGCAAGGCGGUCCGGCGGCUGUGCCGGACACCUUCGACGACGGCGACCUUCAGGCUGGAGUGUCGGCCCUCUCGACCGACGGCCUCUCUCUCGCCAACUUCAACACCAUUCGCGAAGAGAUGCAGCUCGCGGAGGCUGGCAUCUCCACGCUGGCCCUGUCUCUCUCGAGGAUGGCGUCUCACCGGGACAGCAUGGCCUCCUCGUGCCGCGUCAGCCACAGGGCCUCUCGUGCGGCGAGCUUUUGCGGCUCGCAGAGGGCCUCCCGCUGCGCCUCGCGCGCGGAGUCGCGCAUGUCCUGCUCCCGCUCUCCGGCGCCCGGCGACAGUCCUGGCGGCUCUGGCUCCGCCGCCGCCUCGCCGCGCAAGCUGUCGAUGCACUGCGCGGGCCCAGGCGCCGAGGCCUCCAACCGGAACUCGUCGGCGCGCGACUCGCGCGUCGGGUCGCGGGUGGGCACCCGCCGAAACUCGCUCGCGCUCCCUGGCAUGGCCGACCUCGCGGGCGCUCCCCUGCAGGACGCGGGCUCUGGGGCGAGGCGGCGCGUGGUGCGCACGUCCACCUCCCCCGCCGUCGUCGUGGCGCACUUCGACGAGCGUACGCCAGCGACCGCCGCCGAGGGCGGCGACAAGCCGGAAGGUCCCCCGGCAUGA